AUGGGAGAAUCAAGUGCUAGUGGAAUUGAAAUUUCUGCCAGUACAGAAAAUGCUCCUAAGCCACUACUCGGAAUGAAAUUUAAUACUUAUGAAGAAGCUUAUAACUAUUAUAACCAUUAUGCAUUGUUGAUGGGUUUUGGAAUACGGAAGAGCAUAGACAGAAAGUUUGUUUGUGAUAAGGAGGGCUAUAGAUCUAAUAGAGAUAAGAUGGAGAUGCCUUUUCGGCGAGAGACCCGAGUAGGAUGUAAGGCAAUAAUGAGAGUUAAAGUGUUGGAGGACAAAUCGUGGGAGGUCACGGGGUUUGUUGAAGAACAUACAAAUCAUGUGUUGAGUAGUCCAGACAAAGCAAAGUUGCACAGAUCACACCAACAAUUCCAUAAACUUCAAAGUUGUAAAAAACUUAUUGAGAGUUUGCAAGAAGAAGGUAUGCCUCCAUCCACUAUUUCUCGCGUCAUUAACGCAACCACUGGAAGAGAAGGCGAAUUAGUGACACCACAACAGUGUAUUGAUCACAUCAGAUACCAAAGAGUCAACAAUAUUGGCCAUGAAUGCAUAUCUAUCAUAAAACAUUUUCAGAGUAUGACAGCAAAUGAUCCAGAAUUCUAUUUUGCAAUAGAAGUGGAAAGUAGUGGACAAAUGAGGAGUGUUUUCUGGGCUGACGGAAGAUCAAGAGCGUCUUAUUUGCAAUUUAGUGAUGUUGUUGUGUUUGAUGUGACAUACAAAACUAAUAAGUUCAGUCUUCCAUUUGCUCCAUUUACUAGUGUGAAUCAUCAUAGGCAGUCCACUUUACUUGGUUGUGCAUUAUUAGCUGAUGAACAAGAAGAUACAUUUGUGUGGUUAUUUGAAGAAUGGCUUAAAUGCAUGCAUGGGGUUGAACCAGGUGCUAUUAUAACAGAUCAGGAUAGAGCCAUGUGCAAUGCUAUUCACUCUGUGUUUCCAAUGACAAGACAUCGUUAUUGA